AUGGGCAGACCCAUCUCCCGCAAGGGCCAGUCUGCAGCUAGCGGGCACCUGAGGCUGGCCGUGUUGCCUGAGGACCAGCUGCAGAUGAAGUGGACGGAGUGGGAGGGCAGUGGCCUGGGAUACCUGGUGCAGGUGAAGCCCCUGACAGGGGACACGGAACAGGAGGUGAUGCUGACCACCAAGGCCACCGUGGGGGGCCUAGGCCCCUCCAAGCGCUAUGCCACACAUGUCUUUGCACUUACAGGCUCGGAGCCUGUCCUGCUGGCUCGGAGGGCGUUUGUGAUUCUGCUGCUUGCCCCUACGCCCGCUGACAUAGUCCUCCUGGUGGACGGGUCCUGGAGUGUUGGCCACACCCACUUCCAGCAGGUCAAGGCCUUUCUGGCCAGCGUCAUCGCACCCUUUGACAUUGGGCCAGAGAAGGUACAAAUAGGCCUUACCCGGUAUAGUGGAGACCCUCGCACUGAGAGGAACCUGAAGUCCUUUGGCAGCCAGGAGCAGGUGCAGGCAGCUAUGCGUGGCCUGCAUUACAAGAGCGGGAACACAUUCACAGGCCUGGCCCUGGCUCAGCUGUUGGACCACAAUCUGUAGCCAGAGGCUGGGCUGAGUCCCGAGGCGGCCACCGUUGUGCUCCUGGUGAUGGACGGCAAGUCCCAAGAUGACGUGCGUGAGGCUGUCCGGACCCUCAGGGACCGGCACAUUGCUGUCUUCACUGUGGGCAUGAAGAACGCGGAUGAGAGUGAGCUGAAGCUCCUGGCAUCUCCACCCGUGGACGUCAGCGUACACAGCGUCCUGGAUUUCCCACAGCUGGGCACACUGACUGGCCUGCUCAGCUGGCUCAUCUGCCAGCAGGUCCAGGGCAGAUACCUGGCUGGGGCUAUAGGCAGCAGGGCAGCUCUGGCUCCCGCUCCUCCCUUGGACCCCUUCCCAGGCCCAACUGGCCUAGUCCUGACCCAAGUGACCUCCUCCAGCGCCCACGUGUCCUUGAGCCCAGCUGCUCAGCCGCCCCUCAAGUACCGGAUCCUGUGGCGGCCUGCCAGGGGAGGAGCUCCUAGGGAGGUGACGGUGGAGGGGUCUGCAUCCGCGGCAGAGCUGAGCAGCCUGCGCCCCGGUACCAACUACAUGGUCUCCGUGCUUCCAGUGUAUGAGGGCAGGGCUGGUCGGGGCCUGAGGGGUCAGGUGACCACAGAUAUGCAUGUCGCCUCUGCUGUGGCCCCCACGAGGCCCCUGGGCUUCUCAGAGGUGACUCAUGACUCGGCCUGCGUGUCUUAGGAGAGCCCUCCAAGGCCACUGCACCUGGUCAGGGUCAGCUACAUCUCCAGGGAUGCUGGCCAUGUAGGCCAGGUGGAGGUCCCUGAGAACACCACCUCGGCCACCCUGGGGCCCUUGGCCUCUUCUACCACGUACAGCGACCACGUCACCUACUUGUCCCGGGGCAGCUCCUCCAAGCUAACUGGCCAUGUAGCCACGCGGAAAGCCCCCCGCCCCAGCCAGCUGGCGGUGACAGAGCUGUCAGGCGGUGCGGUCCGGCUGUCAUGGGUGGCUGCUGCCUCACCCAGGGUCCAGGGGUAUCACGUCCAGUGGACGCCCCUGGCAAGGGGCCAGGCCCACGAACUCUCCGUCCCGGGCACUGUGAGCACCGCCGUGCUACGCAGUCUGGGCCGGCACAUGGAGCAGCUGGUCAGCGCGCGGGCUCAGUAUGGGAGUGAGCCUGUGUCGCUCCGCUACACUCCCUCUAGCUGCUGUGAGGCGGAACCCCCGGCCAGGCUGGCCCUGGUCUCUGAGACCCCCGGCAGCCUGUGGGUUAGUUGGAGCCCACCCCGUGGCCAUGUCCUCCGCUACCAGCUCUUGUACGUGCCAGCCUCCCGCUCAGGGCCGGAGCUGUCGGUCUCUGUGCCAGGCUACUGGAGCCAUGUGACCCUUCCCAAAUUACUGGCUACCACCACAUACAUCUUGGUAUUGGCUGUCUACACCACGGGGGAAAGUGUGGCUGUGUCUGCCACGGGCCGCACGGGUGAGCCAGACAGGGUGCAUGUGGCCGUGAGUCGCUCCAGGGUCCGCCUGUAUGUGGACUGUCAGCAAGUGGCUGAGAAGCCCCCAGGGGAAGCCAGGAGCCCUCCUGCCCACGGCUUUGUCAUACUGGGGAGGCUGGCCUCAGCCCAGGGCUCUGAGAACAAUUCCGCACCAUUCCAGCUCCAGGCCCUGCAGGUCACAUGUAGUGAAACCUGGCCCAAGGAGGACCAGUGUGAGCUCCCUGCCAUGAGCAGUAGACAGAGCUGCCCAGCCUUUCCUGCCACCUGUGCCUUCCAGAGUCUGGGACCACCAGGACCCCAAGAGCCCCCAGGAAAGUCGGGGCUGCCCGGACAGACGGGACCUGAGGGCCUGGGAGGUCAGCAGGGGUCAUCAGGGACACAGGGCCGCCCCAUCCAGGGGCCUGUGGGACCACCAGGGAUCAAAGGAGAGAAGGGUGACCCUGGACUCCCAGGCUUACAGGGCCAGCCUGGACACCAGGCCCCAGGAAGAGUGGGCCUCCAGGGACCCAAGGGAAUGAGAGGUCUGGAGGGCACCGCUGGCUCCCCUGGCCCCCCAGGCCCCGGGUAGGGCUUCCAGGGUUCGGCAGGGGCCAGGGGCUCCCUUGGGGAGUGUGCCCCAGGGGCUGUGGGGCCCACGGGGCUGCCAGGACCCAAAAGGGAGCGAGGAGAGAAGGGCGAGCCGCAGUCCCUCACAGCCACCUUCCAGCUGGUGAGCCAGGGCUGCGAGGCGGCCGUCCAGGCGCACCUGCGAGGCCUGAACGUUUUCCCGCACAAGGAGGCCAGGCCCCCAGUACCCAUCCUGGAGGAAGCAGCCAGGCCAGAUGGGCCUCCUGCUCUGCAUGUGCUGGGGGGUCCCCAAGGGCCCCCCAAUCCCAAGAAGCAGGACCCUGUGGAGCCAGCCCUGUACCCGGGUCCCACGCAGCCAGUGAGCUAG